GGCUCCGGUGGGUGGAGUGGCAGACCGGCAGAGGAGCCCUUUGGCCGAGUGAUCUGAACAAACAAGCUCUCGCACGGCCCCUGCGCACUCCGCCAUGUGCACUGGGAAGUGCUCCCGCCUGGUGGGCCUCACCCUGGUGGCCGCGGCCCUGGCCUGCAUGGCGGCCAACAUCCUCCUGCUCUUCCCCAAUGCUGAGAAGCAGUGGACGCCAGAUCACAUCACCACGCAGGCCUGGCUCAUGGGGGGCGUCAUCGGCGGGGGCCUGAUGGUCCUCUGCACUGGCUGCUCCUCUGUGCGGGCCGGCGGGAAGGGAUGUUGCGGCUACGGAUGCUGUGGGAACCGCUGCCGGAUGCUGCGCUCCGUCUUCUGCUCUGUCUUCGGGGGCCUGGGGGCCUUCUACUGCCUGGUGGUCUCCUCCACAGCACUGGCCGAUGGGCCCUGGUGUGAAACGGAAUCUCAGAAGUGGGCAUCCCCCUUCAAGGAUCUCAGUGACAGCUAUCUUCAAAACAAGGCGAUGUGGAAGGUGUGCCUGAAUCCCCCUUCCAUUGUCCUCUGGCACAUCGUACUCUUCUCCAUCCUGCUGGGGCUGAGCCUGCUGGAGAUGGUGCUGUGCGGCAUCCAAGUAGUCAACGGCCUCUUGGGCACCGUGUGUGGCGACUGCCGCAAGGCCGACGACCGAGCCGGGGAAGGCCUCUGAGACCGACCAACUGACCGACUGACCAGAGCACUUGCACCAACAUCCACUCCUCCACCCACUUGUCCCCUCUCCCCAAAUCUCUCGGCCAGCAGGGAUGCAAUCUUGCAGAUUUAUUGGAAGCCCCCACAAUAAACGCCGC